AUCCCCCCUGUCGCCCACCAGAGGGCGAUAGUGAUGCACCGAUAGCGGUGUUUUUUUACAAAAUGGAGGAGGAGGACGCUCUGAGAAGUUACUGCAGAAAAAUGAUUGAUCGUGUCCGAAACAAGCAGCAGCACUUUCAGUCCUCAGGGGAGGAAGAGAGGACAGACAGACACAAAGGAUGCCGAGGGGGGGCUAAACCUGGAAAACAACUUGUAGCAGGGGACGAGUUAAUAGAUUACACAGAGUGUAACCUCCCUCUCCUGGACUGUGCGAAACGGGGGAGACACCAACCCUCCCUUAGUCUCAUAUGUCAAGGUCCCGAAGUUGAGGCCGUCCCCCUUCAGCUCAUCUCAAUGCUGAGGCUCAAGACCUUCAAGGAGGAGCUGAGACGGGCUGCAGAGGUGGAGGACCAUGAUCCCGCUGCCUGCGGUGUGUGUGAGCAGGAACAGGCUUUUCUGGCCUUGAAACGUUUUAUCUGGAAGAAGAAGACACAACUGCAGUUCCAAACAUUGAAGGGCAGACUAAACACAUACUUGGGCCAGAGAGGUUGUACGAGUUGGACGAGUUUGGGAAAAAUCUCCCAAAGUCCUCCGAUGCCCCUCACUGGAUUUGGGAGGAACUACUUGGUGAAGAUACGCGGGUCACAGCAACCCGGGGUUGCCGUAGCAACCACUAAAGAACGUGGAGUUGCCCUGGCAACAGAUGAAAUAAGGGGUCACCCUGACAAAAGUGUUAUAGGAACUAAUUUAGCAAGACCUCGCUGUCCUUUUCCAGACAGAUAGCUGCAGACAUGACGGGCACAGUAUUAAUACAAUAAAAGGGACAAUGUUGUGGUGGAAUCAAAUAAUUUCAUACGUCUUUAUUUUCACACCCUUUUGCCCAAUAAACCGAUCCAUAUGCUGAUGGCGGAGUCCUCAUUUACCCUCCU